AUGCCGACUGACGCCGUCGAGAUCUGGCAACGCUGGAAGGAGGUCACCGACUUUACCGCGCCCGACAAAUACGGGCGUCUUUUCCGCUCGUCCGCGCCUUACUACGAGGGCAAAGAUAUGGACCAAACACUUGAUCGCGGCUUUGAAAAGACGACUGUAAGGGCGCUGCCUGAUCCCGUGCACGUCAAAGACCGCGAGAUUCGAGCGCGCUUCCACCGUGACCUGGUCACUUCACCGACUUCAGGUCUUAUCACCACACUACCCGCGCACCGGAAUGCUUACAAUUAA